AUGAACUUCAAUUAUCUGAAUUCUCCAAUUCCCAUCCAGGUGGCUAAUUUAACUUCACUUUCUAUUCUUCACCUAUCUGGUUGUCAGUUACAAGACUCAGUUCCUUAUCUCCCUCAACUUAAAGAGCUUCAUGUCAGCUGGAAUUUUGAUCUUCAUGCUUACCUUACUUUUAUGCUUGAAGAACAUCAAUGGCCUAAGCUCGAAAUACUUGAUACCUCAAAAACUUUUGUAGGCAAACCAAUUCCAAGUUCAAUCUCAAAUGCACCGUUACUAAUCAGUCUUUUUGCUUCAAGAUGUUCAAUUCAGGAAUCCAUACCUUCUUCAAUUUACAACCUUUCUAGAUUACAGUCUCUAGACCUCUCUGAGAACAACAUAACAGGUUACAUUCCUUCUUCCAUUUCAAAUCUAAGACAUCUACAGUUUCUCAACUUGUCUAUCAAUAAUUUUCAAGGACACAUCCCAAAGUCAAUCUGCAAGAUAUUUUUUCUUAAAGAAAUUUCUUUAGCUUCAAACAAAUUAACAGGAACAACACCAAGCUGCAUUACAAUGCUUCGAAACCUACAGUAUUUAGAUUUGUCUCAGAAUUCUAUAGGGGGCAUAACUUCCUUGAUAUCUAUGAUCAAUGAUCUAAAUUUAACUUCACUAAAUCUUAACUCAAAUAACAUAACUGUAGAUCGAAACUUACUUCCAUGGACCAAAUAUCAACUUGAAAGUUUAGAGCUGAAAUCAUGCAAUAUGAAAGGAUACAUCCCGACAUUUAUUUGUAAUUUAACUCAUCUUAAGAGUUUAGAUUUGUCUCAUAACAUGUUAACAGGAGCUAUCCCGUCUUGUAUCUUUAACCUUCAAACUCUCAAUAACAUAGAUCUCGCAAGAAACUACUUCCAAGGAACACUACCCCAUCAACUUCAUUUUAGUAUCGACCAAAAUACACGUGUAAGUUUCAAUUUAUCGAAUAAUAAUCUUCAUGGUCCUCUUCCACUUCCACCUCAAAAUUCUUACACAUUUGAUUUAUCACAAAAUGUAUUUAGUGGUGAAAUCUCAGUAGAGACUGGCAAAAGAUUAUCUGGUGCUCAUUUCGUUUCUUUAUCUGGUAAUAAGUUGUUGGGUCCGAUACCAGCUUCGUUCUGUGUAAAAGUUACUACAGCAUACUCCGAUCUAAAUUACCUUGACCUCUCUAACAACCAGCUAUCCGGGACUGUACCUUAUAGUGUUGGUUACUGCAUUUCUCUGUUUUCACUAAACCUUGGCAGGAAUAAUUUCACUGGAAAUGUUCCAAAUGAGCUAGAACAGGCAAGAGAGCUCAGAUAUCUUCAACUAAACGAUAACAGUCUAAAUGGUUCUUUUCCUAGUUUCAUACGAAAGCUUGAGAAUCUGGAACUUCUAAACUUGGGAAACAACAAUUUUGAAAGCAGUAUACCCAGUUACAUUGGUUCACUUAAUGGUCUUGCAAUUCUUUCUUUAAGGUCAAACAAGUUCUGGGGAUCAAUCCCAUCUGAGAUUACCAAGUUAAACCAGCUUAUAAUCGUAGAUCUAUCGAACAACAAUCUCACUGGUCCAAUUCCUAACAAAGUUGGAAACCUGAAAAUGCUACUGAGUAGAACUAGUGACACAUCCUCGUAUGGCAAUGACCUUGCUUUUGCUGUUGAUGUCCAACUGCAAAUGGUGAUCAAAGGGAUGAUUAUCCAAUUGGAGCACUUAUACGGUUAUAGUUCAGGAAUUGAUCUAUCGAGCAACAUUCUCGAAGGAAACAUCCCAGAUGAGAUGGGUCUGCUGAAAGGGCUUUCCACUCUCAAUUUAUCACAUAAUCACUUUUCAGGACUAAUCCCACAUAGUAUGGGAAACAUGACAGGUUUAGACUCUUUAGAUUUGAAUUCCAACAAUUUGUCUGGACAAAUCCCACAGUCUUUGACAUCAAUAGACUCUCUUGGGUAUUUCAACUUAUCAUACAAUAACUUGAGUGGUAAGAUACCAAGAGGGUCUCACUUUGAUACACUGAGUCUAGAUGGUUCAGCUUUUGUUGGUAACUACUUGUUGUGUGGGUUCCCUACAGAGAAUACUUGUGCAAGUGGUGAAGAAGAUGGAAUUGAAGUUGAAGAAGACAAUGAUCAAGAUGAUGUAAAAGAGAAGCUUUUGUUUUAUGGUGUUAUUUUCUUUGUUAUUCAUAAAUGA